AAUUUGGUAACUAGUGACGUCCUGGUUUUAUUUUUACAGCAGAUCUUGCGCACUGUCCUGUGGCUGACUACACAGUUGGGUUGCAACCUGCAACCACUACCGCUACAGCGAAGUACAGAAGAAUGGAAAACUCGUUAAGACAACGAAGAGGUCUUCAGAUAACUUGAACCCUACGUGCCAUACCAGUGGAUGACAGAUCUCUGUGAGGGAGGGAUGGAUGACCUGUGGAGUAUAACGACUUUGUUGCUGCAGGUGUGGUUCUCCGUGAUGAUUGGGCUCAUCAUGAUACCUGCUAUGUUUGGCCUCUCCCUGGGGGUCACUUCGGUCUAUAUUCAGAUUCUGGUCAAAAUAUUGGAGUGGGCCACCCUGCGGAUCCAGAGAGGACACAGGGAUCGACCCACUCUGCCCGUGCCUGCUCCGCUACCCAAUGGACUCAUCCAGAGGGAGGGUGGCUCUAUGGAACAGGAGAUGGGGGAGCUGCGUCGGUAUCGUACCCAGUCCAUAUCGAGGGGAGAGUUUGCGCUGAGCGACUCAUUCUACUUCUACAGAAAGGGCCUGGAGAGCAUCGUGGAUGACCAGGUCACUCAGCGCUUCUCCUCUGAGGAGCUGGUCUCCUGGAACCUCCUGACCCGCACAAACCACAACUUUCACUACAUCAGCCUGCGCCUCACCAUCAUCUGGGGCCUGGGCGUGAUCAUACGUUACUGUGUCCUUUUCCCUCUCAGGAUAACCCUGGCAAUCAUAGGGAUUAGCUGGCUGGUGAUCGGGACAACUUUGGUGGGGUUUCUACCUAACAGGAGAGUGAAGAACUGGCUCAGUGAGUUAGUCCAUCUGAUGUGCUAUAGGAUCUGUGCCAGAGGCCUCUCUGCCACCAUCCAAUACCACAACAAAAAUAAUAAACCACAAAAAGGAGGAAUAUGCGUAGCAAACCACACCUCACCUAUUGACAUUGUCAUUUUGGCCAAUGAUGGAUGCUACGCUAUGGUGGGUCAAAGUCACAGUGGGCUGAUGGGGGUCAUCCAGAGAUCAAUGGUGAGGUCCUGCCCACAUGUGUGGUUUGAGAGGUCGGAGAUGAGAGACCGGCAUGCUGUUACCAGUAGAUUGAGGGCUCAUGUUGCAGCGAAGCGCAAUCUACCCAUUUUGAUUUUCCCAGAGGGUACCUGCAUCAACAACACAUCAGUCAUGAUGUUCAAGAAGGGAAGCUUUGAGAUUGGAGGGACAAUAUACCCAGUUGCAAUCAAGUAUGACCCACGCUUUGGAGAUGCCUUCUGGAACAGUGCCAAGUACAACAUGGUGAGCUACCUACUGAGAAUGAUGACUAGCUGGGCCAUCGUGGUCAAUGUGUGGUACCUGCCCCCAAUGACCAGACAGGAAGGGGAAGAUGCUACCAAGUUUGCCAACCGAGUGAAGUCUGCUAUUGCACAUCAGGGAGGGCUGUUGGACAUGGCGUGAUUCCUGCUACAAUUGGAAUGAAGGAUGUCUGUCUGUCUGGCUGAUAAAUAAUACAAUGUGACAAUCCUUCAGUGUUGUGGACAGUGUGUCUGCUGUUCCUAGGCAUGGCCCGGACUGGACCCUAGCUCCAGUCACAGGGUGAGUGUGAUGCUGUGACAUGUCACAUUAUAGCCAGGACCAAAUCAGGCUGAACACAGGUCAAAGCAAGCCUGUCACAUACAGACAGACAGUAUUUCCAGGGUUUUUGGUUCUUACCAAACAGCACAAAACAUAAAGUGUGAAAAAAAACAUCAACAAAGUUGUGCAAAGUUUCAAGGAUUUCCAUCUCCAGUUGAUUUUAGUGUGUGGAUGUGUGUGUUCAUUCCCUCUAUACAGUGACUUGGUGGCCAGGAGGGGGAAGAUAUGAUUUGCCUACACUAAUGAAACAGGCUAUAAUUGGUCCACAUUGAUCUAUUUGAUUGAGCUGCAAUGGAGUCUGAAGUUGUUCAAGUGGGAAGCUGAUUGAUUUGUGGUUAAAUUCAAGAUCAUUUAGUUUGGAAAUAAUUAUGUUCUUAUCUAGUUUCAGUCUUCAGAUGCUGAAAGGAAUCUUUUUGACUAGAUUGUAUGGUUGACUUGAAGGAAUGUUCUCUCCUUUUCCCUCCACUAUUUGCAAAUCUAUUGGUGAAAAUGGCAUAAAGGAAUGUUAUUUUGCAUAAGAUAACCUGUACAGUAUAGUAAUUUAGCAGAUGCUCUUAUUGCGAGUGCAUACAUUUUCAUACUGGUCCCCUGUGGGAAUCGAGCCCACAUCCCUGGCAUUGCAAGAGUCAUGCUCUACCAACUGAGCCACAUAGGACCACAAUGUAGCCAUAUUAUAUGAGGAAAAGGUGUUGCCUUAUGACAAUAUCAUAACCAUGAAUAUAACAUUUUAAUACAUCUAACAGUGAAGCAAAGUUUUGUUGUGCCCAGUAAUUUUCAUCACAAUCCUUAAACACAGUUUAGAGAGUCCACAGAUGUUCUUUUCCUCAUUUUGACAAAAAAUAAAUAAAUGCAUUGUGUUGGGGGGAAACAGAAAAUGGUGAGGUACAUGACAAAUGUCCUUUGGUGAGGUACAUGAAGGUGUGUAAUUGCAGACUACACUUUGCCCUCAGCCCUGUGCCUCAAAAGGUAUUUCUUCUAUUAUUGACAGAGUUGGAGCUGGGCUGGCAGUGGCUCCCUGCGUCCACCCCCCCUCCCUCUGAUUGCUUUUGUUUCCAGGUCACCUCCUAUCUAUUGCAGCAACUUUUCCAAUUUCUUAGGACUUGUUAUAGGAGGAUAAAAGACAUGGCCAGUGGUUGCUGAAGGCAGACUGAGACCGCUCUCUGGAAAUGUACAUAAACCUAUAACGAAACAAUACCAAAAAGAACAGCUUCAACACUCCUCACUUUCAUGCUCACUGAGCAAUGGAGAUGAUCUAAUCUAAGAAUGGGAUUCAAUGAAACUCACUGUGGUGCAAGUUUAUCAAAUAAAUAAUGUAAUAAAAAAUGUUGUCCAUUAAUAUACAAUUAUCUUUAGCCUUGAUGAUUAAUUGCAUUAAACUUUUGAAAGUGUGUUUUGUACAAAUAAAGGGAGGGGGGAAAUGAUGGAUGAGGAGUAAGGGUAUGAUGAAUGAAGAAAGCAACAGAACUAAAUUGAAAGUGUACUCAUCCAUUCUCUCUUUCACAACUAAUGAUAAAUUGAGCAUGUCACAUUGAACAAUACAUGUUCAGGUUUAAACAUCGUCUCCUCCAUAGAGCAGUAAUGUGGACUGAUGGCAAGGCAAGCAGGUAGCUCA